UAACAGAAAGUUUCAGAACCUGUUAGAGAAGUGAAAGUAGAUGAAUUUAUGAAGGAUGAAUUUCCUCGAAGACAACCCCAUGAAAGUUCAGGAUCCGCAUCAUCUAGUCGAUCAGAGAGUCCUGAUACAUGGAGACCACCAGGUAUACCCAUAUCAACUCCUGACUCAAGUUGUGAAGAUAAUGAAAUACAUGCAUCUGGAGGACCACAUCUACCCCUUAGAAGUAUUGGAGAACAUACGUCUGAGGAGAAUGAAGAAACUGCUCAUUCUGGAUAUUUACAGGAGAAAGGGAGAGAAAUGAGAGAAAGCAGUACAAUCAGUAACGAAGAUAAUGUUGAAAUCAGUGAAGAUCUUGAAAUGGAAGCCACCCUAUCGUCUGCAACUGACACUGCAAAUAAUAAUGUGACUGAACAAACACCAUCACAAGAAACCAUGGAAACAGAGCCGAAUAUAGAGGAAGAUAACUCAUGGACAUGGAACACAGAUAAUUCUCAAACAUUUAGUUACAAGAAUAGGUCAUCAUCAACCCUGGCUGUUACAGAGUCAGAUGUAAUUAAACCUCAUCCAUUUACACUGCCAAGCAAAAAAUCUUGCAUGUUCUUGGAUAUUUAA